AUGGGUAUAAUUAAUGGACAGACCACCGGUGGAGUUUUUGCUGUUGACCUAUCCCACGACGUCCGAGAUGCCGCGCUCAACCUUAACCUCAAAGCAUAUGAGUUUCGCCGUACUUUGGCAGCUGUCUGGAAUGUCAAACCAACCCGCGCAGAGCCACCUCCAGCCGAGGCCGCCAUUUCCCUGGACAUGAAGAACGAAAGCAUUGAAAGUGUUGUCGGUGGUGGCGAUGAGCGCCUUAAGGUGGACAAUAUUCACUUUGCGCCAGGUGGAAAAUAUCGAUCAAUCGUGAAGCUCUUCAUCCGUUACGAAUUCCAGCCACCCGGUUCCUGGGCCAUGGGUACGGGCUGGCUCAUCAGCCCAGACAUCUUCGUCACGGCCGGGCACUGCAGCUAUGACUGGGGCCAUAAGUGGGGUCGUGCUGAAGAGGUCAAAGCCUACAUAGGUUACAGUGGACGUGACUCGGAGAAAAGUCGCAACGUCCAAUUCAGGCAGGUUAAAAGAAUUGUCACCACUGAAGGUUGGGUCAAGACAAAGGGCUCGAAAGCAUUUGACGUGAGUUUUAUGCAAGUUGAUACGCCUUUUACCGGUAUCAGGCCCAUCAGAUACGAGGAGACCCCUGCUAGAGGAAACUUUGAACUCGGUGUCGUGGGCUAUCCCGGCGACUUGUCUGACAAAUACACGGGCGAGAAAGGAGCCCAUAUGUACGAGAUGUUUCUCCGCACGGAAUUCGACCUUGCUGGCUCACCAGAUACAAUGCUUGAGUAUAACAUUGAUACUUUUGGAGGCAAUUCUGGAUCUCCAGUCCUCAGACAGUCGGAUCUAGUCUCUCUUGGAGUCCACGUUUACGGAGGCGCUAUGAACUCUGCCUCGGUCAUUGGGAAGUUUGGCAAUCCGUACAAGGACUACCUCGCGGCCUUUGAUCUGCACUUGCCCAGCGACGCCUUGCAUCUCAUGCCCGUGACAGAGAGCGGAAAAUCUUCGGCCACCGGACCAUCCGGAGACUACCAAAAGCCUCUGGGAAGCAAUCCUGUCUCCGGAUCCAAGUCUCGUGUCAACGGGAAUGAUCAGGGAGUUCGUCCGCAGGUCUCCUCUCAGCACCAGCGUCGCCCUUCUGCUAUGGCUAAGCUCAUUCAAAGUGGCGUAACCUCACGAAGCCAAGCAAUGAACACCAAAAGCGAGUCGCUUCAGGCAGAAGAGUUUGCUUUCAUGGAUAUACUGAAGGUGGUAGGCGGUGCGCUCCCAAUCAUUGGAGGCCCAAUCGGUGCACUUGCUGGUUUCGCAUUGAACGCUGCGAGCUCUGUCGCGGCGGAGUCAACUGGCGCCGAGAGUGUGCAAGAUGGGACUCCUCUGCACGAAGGGUCCAUGGAGCGAGCAAUUCUGGCUGAAGCCACGCUGAGCGCCCUACAGGCGGCAAGCCUUCCCGACGAGCUUGAGGAGAGCAUUUUCAGCGACAUGAAAGAUGCAGUUAUGAGAGCCUUGCCCAUCGUCCGGAAAGCUGCGCCCCACGUCAUGAGUGCUAUGAUGGAGCCGGCUCUGAAAAUUGCCCUCGACUCGCUUCAUAAACAUAAUCAGAGUGGAGCGGAGAGCUUUGAAGCGGCGUACGACGAACCUUUCCAGCCAACCACUUUGUAUUCCUCUGCCAUCGACCAAGAAGCCGAUGCUGAUACCGAGAACUUCUUGGGUGUCCUUCAAUCUGUUUUGCAACGCAAUCUCCAAGAAUCAGCCGUGGAUGGCGACGCCGAAGAAGGCUUCCUCGACAUCAUCAAGGCAGGUGCGCGUCUGGCCAGUAAAGGCGUUGUCCAGGCAGCCAAGUUCGGCCUCCCCAUCCUGGUCGAUGCAGUAAAAAAUAUUGCCAAUGCCGAAUCCCUCGACGACCAAACCGCGUCUGCGGCCGGCACCCAAGGUCUGACAGCCGACCAGCUCGCCAAACGUGCGCUCGUGGCCGAUGCCGCCCUUGAAGCCGUAAUGAAGCUUCCGGCCCAGCACCUCGAGGAGUUUGGUUUCAUCGACUUCAUCGGUGACGCGGUCAAGAAGAUUGCAGGCCCGGCCAUGAAGGUGCUCCCGCAGGUUGCGAAAGCGAUUAAUCCGGUCGUUGGCAACGUGAUCUCUAAUUUGCUUGGGCAGGAUUCUCCCACUGCUAGAGGCAACAAACCUGCCGGCGCUGCCAGACGCGCACUUCCGGCGUCCGAUCGUCUUGCUCCGAAACGCAGCUUGGCGUCCUUGAGACAGAACAGUGGGAAGGGAACCGUCGGUGGGGCGGGGAGGCACUAUUAG